AUGAGGGACGAGAUUGCACUAACACAGGAACCGAUCAUGGUCUUCAAUUAUUUCUUAUUAUCUGUUAUAUUUGUAGAAUGGUUAAUCUCAUUACAUGACUUGUAUUCGCUGUUCGUUCGUCCUGUUUUCUUGUUCAUCUUCGCCACACGAACCACGGCUUGUGUAGCGGCUCAACCACGUGAACGAGUCCAUGUCACGGAGCCUUGUUGUGUUGAGAAUGGUCCGGGUAAGAAGAAGGCGUUGGGAGUGAAUCCGAAGAUUGUGAUGGAAAGACUAGGGACGUUUUGGGAUCCCGAUGAUCAAAGGGAGAGUCUUGGGUUGGAGGAGAUGGUGGAUUUGUUCGUUGAGGAUGAGCCGAGUUUAGAUGAAGUGAAAGAAGCGUUUUGUUUGUUUGACAAAAACAAUGAUGGGUACAUAGACGUAAAAGAGUUGCAAAAUGUGCUUUCUGGUAUGGGUUUUUUACGAGUAUCUGAAAGCGAUUGCGGAAGGAUGAUUGGUCGGUAUGAUGUUGACAAAGAUGGUAAGAUUAGUUUCCAAGAAUUUUUGAAGGUCAUGGAAGAUGGCUUUUGCGAAUCUUGA